AUGGAGAAUCCAAGGCGCCCGAGGAGGCCCCUGACGGAGAGGAAAGCCAAGUCUCUGGACAGGCCAUCGGCCCCCAGGAAAGACUCAGAGUCGCGGGACUGCCACUGCCUCUCGCUGCCCACUGCCCCCACCAGGAAGGCGCUUCACUGGACAGCCAGUGACUGGGCCAGACGUUCGGAGAGCCCAGCUCCGCCUGCAGAGGCUCAGGGCGCCACUGCUGCAGCCCUCACUCCGGAGGAGACCGGAGAGUUUCUCCCUGGUGAGCAGAGGCCUCCACAAGACACCAAGAGGGACAAGGCCCAGAGGUGGGCCCAGCAGGGGUGGCUGAAGACCAUGCUGAACUUCUUCUUACUGAGGACGGGCCAUGAGGAGCCCAGAGAAAAGGCCAGCAGGAGGCCAAGGGGGAAGGAGGAUGUCUCCCAGCCUCCAGAGCCCCCAGAGGCACCGGGGGAGCCAGCCCUCAGGAAGAGAGCCCACCACGACAAGAAGGCCAGCCGCAAGAAGCAAGGUCACAAGAAACACAUGGCCGAGCUGAAUAAGGCAGCUCAAGACCAGGAGGCCGGAGGCCGAGAGGAAGGGCUGUCCAGGACAGCUGCUGCCUCGCGCUCUGGGGAGGCUGACCUGGGCCCAGCUCACAGGGGUGGGGAAGACUCUGAUCGUCAGUCCUUCCUCAUCAGAGCAGAUGGCACUGGAGCUUUGGAUGUUUCUCCCCAAGCCACAGGUCACCAGCAAGAAGAGGAGCUCAGAAAGCCUGACGAGGAUGCUAUCAUUCAGAUGAUAGUGGAAUUUCUCAAAAGAGUGGGAGACCAGUGGGAAGAAGAGCAAUCUCAGGCCUCACAGCCGAAGGUGGUCCUGCCAAACCCAACAGCAGCUGUGAGGAAGAAAUCCCAAGAGAAAAAGACAAGCCCCAAGAGAACUUUUUCUCUUAAGAAACAUGGCUCCGAGGAGGCCAAGAGGGGGCCUGCAGAUGUUUCCAGUCCAGAGGCCCGGCCACCCAAGAAGUCCAGCUUCCGGCCCCUGUGUGUCGGCGGCCAUCGGCCUUCCGUCUCCAGCAGCUAUGGCUUGGAAGAACCUGAAGUCCAGGAGAGCCUGUCUACAGAGGCUGAGGCUCCAGGUCCUUGCAAGCUUUCAACCCCACCAGAGAGCCUGGGACCUGGAGAGGAGCUUCAGCCGGACAGAGCCUCAGAAUACAGAGAAUUCAUUCAGAAGAUCAUUUCCAUGCUUCAAGAUGCAGAAGAACAGCGAGGAGAGGAGCAACUUCAAGUCCAAGAGGAAGAGGGGUGUAUGGAAAACCUGGCCCCACUCAGCAGAAGGAAAUCUCAAGAAAAAAAGUUGAGCCUCAGGAGAGCGUUUUACCAUAAGAAACACAGCUCCAAGGAACCCAAGAAAGCGGGGGCAGCAGGGGCUGCCAGCCCAGAGACCCGACGGCCCAAGAGGCCCAGCUUUCUGCCCCUGUGUGUCGGCGGCCAUCGGCCCUCCACCUCCAGCAGCCUUGAUCCAGAAGAUCUCGAGUGCCAGGAGCCCUCACCUGCAGAAGGGGAGCCUGAUGUGGUCCCAGAAGCACCCUUCCAGGCCAGAGGCCACACACCAGAAGGGGCGGUGCCUCAGCUGAGUGGAGUGUGUGAAUCUAAGGAGCUCAUCAUCCUGAAGCUGGUGGCGCUUCUCCAAGAAGCAGAUGGCCAACUGGGGCAGCAGAUCAGGCGCCACCCCAGCUUUAAGAGGUAUUUUUACAAGUUCUCGGACUCCUCCCUCAGCAAGCUGUUAGCCACCCUACACAGCCAGGUGCCCCAUUCCUCUCAGUGGGACAGGAACCUCGCCAGGAGACUCUACCAGUUUGACGUUCGCUUGGCUGACAAAUUUGCUGGCAACAAGAGCCAUGCCAUCUGCAUCCUCAUGGGCCUAAGAGACCACUACAAUUGCACCCACUUCCCAGACAGGGAGGACCAGCCGAGCAUCGAAAGUCCUGAGAUUCUAAGUCCAGAUUGA